GAGAGAUGUGAUGAAAUGAUGUAGGGAGGGGGAAUGAGAGUGAACAAACAGAUGCACAGACACAGACAGAGACAGAGACAGAGACAGAGAGAACUCAACUGUCAUCAUGGAGGUCAUCAAGUCUACACUGAUUUUUUCCAGUCUGCUUCUCACAGUAUUCGCUCAGAAGCCGGUUGUGUCUGUGGAGCCUCGCAGCGUGAGCGUUAAACAGGACGAAACAGUGAGCAUCAGGUGCCGAGUGACCAGCGGAGCUCAGCCUGUACAACUGGAGUGGAAACGACCCAACAACCAGCCGCUAGCAGAUAACGUUAAAGUCGGCCCUGAUGGUUCGGUACUGACUGUCGCUUCAGCUCGCCCCGGUAACCAGGGACAGUAUCGCUGCAUAGCAACCAACGCACAAGGCAAAGGCACUGUCAUGGCAACGCUUACCGUAAAGCAGCCUCCAAACGUGCGUGUGACCCCUGCCAGCCAAGUAAAGGUAAAAGUGGGUGGAGUCACAUCCUUGCAGUGCCAUGCGUCUGGAAAGCCCCGCCCCUCUAUUACCUGGUUUAAACAGGAAGUGGGAAGAGAACUCGUACUGGUUUCCACAACGACAGGCACCAGUUUGACAGCAAAGGUGACAGUAACAACACCUCAAGACGGCGGGACAUUUGUGUGUCGCGCCCAAAACAAGGAUGGCACAUCUGAGGAGAAGGUGGAGCUUAAGGUUGAAGGCGGAGCCUCAGUUGCCAUAGAGCCCAAGGCUAGCGUUCAGCAGACUGACAUGACGGCUGUUGAGGGACAAACCGUAACCAUGCACUGCCAAGCAACCGGUUUCCCUACACCUGUCAUUACAUGGUCUAAGCUGCGUGCUCCGUUGCCAUGGCAGCACAAGUCAGUGGGAGGAACUCUGACACUCAGUAACGUCGGACGACAAGACUCGGGUCAGUACAUUUGUAACGCCACAAACUCAGCAGGUUUCAGUGAAGCGUACGUGCAGAUGGAGGUGGACACUCCUCCUUAUGCCACCACCAUUCCUGAUCGCGUGACCGCUCGCCGUGGCGACUCCAUGCGCGUGCAGUGCAUCGCCCACGGCUCUCAUCCAAUCAGCUUCCACUGGACGCGUGUGGGGGGGACUGCAAUGUCUUCAGGGGCAAAAAUCACCAAGGACGGCAUUCUGACGAUCGCUCAGCUCAAAGUGUCUGACAGCGGCGAGUACAAAUGUGUGGCCACCAAUUCCAUCGGCAGCAGUGAGACGGUCACCACCGUCACGGUCAGAGAGUAAAUGAUUUAUCCCCUCUGACAUGAAGAUGAUGAACUGUCUGCUCUUCAGGACCCAACACAACUCAGCAGCCUGUACAGAUGACAGACUGUAAUAACGUUCCUGUUUUUAUGACUUAAUCCCUGCAGCUUGUGUGUAAAAGUAAAUCCGCUCGCUCGCAUGUUGACGACUUAAACAAUCUAACCAGGUCCCACUGUAGAACCUUCCUGCACUUUACACCCUUUUGUCUUUAAUAAACACAUAAUAAAUGGAUGAUAAUGCCUCA